GCAUUUUAAUGUGCAAAGAUGAAUAUUCUUUUUAGCUAAUCUUUGUAUUUUGUUAAUAGGACUAAAUUUUUUUAAUUACAAACUUGAGAUUAAUAUAUAGGAAAAAAAUAAUACGAAGUUUCGUGAAAAAUUGUUUUAGAUCGAGGCUCCAUAUAAUUUUUGUGGUGGAACAUUUUUAGCCACUUAUUUAAAUUGAGUUGUCCAAAAUAAUAAAACAAAUAAUACAAGUGCAAAAUUUGGAGCCUCAUAAGUCAUAUACAUUAUACUAAUGGCCUUACAGCACCAUGGCUUCGAAUUUCAGCUGUGUCUUUGUGCAACCAAAACAUCUAUGCUUUCUCAUUCCUCCUACACACAAACUUUAUUAUCAUUCUUCCUUAAGAAGAGCUGCUCUUUCUGAACAAGGGGAUGGAAGAGUCACUAAAGAUGAGGAGCUUCCCACUUAUUCUGGGUCACUAUCUUCUACUCGAACGCAGCUAGAUCUCUUGGAACAGCUUACGUCCAGCAGCUCAGCAGUUAAUGGUUAUGAAAGCGAUGGUAGCUCUGUUAAACCUACAAUUCGUACUCAGCUUGCUAACUUGGUUGGGGAUCGAGAUGAUGACUUCAGCAUUCCCUUGGGUAAGAAUCUGAAGAAGGUUAGCGCCAAGUUCUUAACUACUUCACAGAAGAGAAACAUCAAAAGACAAUCCUACAUGAACGAAGUAUCUCAGAGGAAUGACUCUACUUUCUUUGCUACAAUUGGAGCAUUUGUCAUCCUUCCACCCGUUGUCAUUUUAGGGAUUGCUAUAGCAACAGGUUAUGUGCAGUUAUUUCCAUGACUUGUAUAAGUCCUUUGUAUAAAGAUUCACUGUUUCUUUUACUAAAAUAUAGUGAAACUUUGUAAGUUUGGACUUAUAGUCCUUGUAACUAUCGAGAUAAAUGAUCUUUUGGAGUUCUA